AUGGCUAAUACACAAUCUGAUAAACAAGUACUCACUUUAAGUGAAGUUCAAAAAUUAGCUGAAGAUAAAAAUAGAUGUAUUCUAAUAAUCAAUAAUCGAGUAUAUGACGUAGCAAAAUUUCUUGAUGAGCAUCCAGGUGGCGAAGAAGUUUUAAAAGAACAACAUGGUAAAGAUGCCUCACAGGAAUUUGAAGAUAUUCGCCAUAGUUCCGAUGCACGUGAACAAAUGAAAGCAUAUGAAAUAGCUGAACUUCACAAAGAUGAUGCUCAACCAAUAGUUACACCUCGUCCUUUAAUUGAAAAUCCAAAUCAAAAUACUGGUGAUGCUUCUAAUAAUGCUGGUGCAUCAUGGAUGAAAUUGGCUAUUCCUAUUGUGGUAGUGCUUGUAGCCAUUGUUUACAUAAGACUAACGGGGCAUGCAAGUUGA